ACAGAUAAGUCAGUUGCUUAGCUGUAAGUAUCUAUUCCCUUAAUAACGGGGCAUUCCAGUAAUCUUCCUCAAAUCUCUACAGGGGAAGGGCUUGACCAACACGUGGUCAGUCACUCUCAUUUUUACUCACCCACUGGGGAGAGUAGAGUAACGCAGAUCCACCACAGGGGGAGGACGUCUCAUUUCUAAAUCGCAGGACUAAAGUUAAACAUUAUUUUAAAAUGAAGAAAGGGUCAUUUUGUCUCGCCACAUUUAUUCGGAUUAUCUAUAUGCGGCUAACUGGAUUUUGCAUUCUGUACUUCUCUCUAGUUGCAGGUACACAUGCUGAUGAAUGUCCUCUUCAGCUCAACCCAGAGAGAGUUAUUGUGGAGUUCGGCGGUUCUGUUUCAGCCAACUGCAGCACUUCUGUCCUGCAUAAAGGGAUGGGAUGGGAAGCCAGUGAGGGAGCAGUGCCCAUGAGCAAUGACAGUCUGAUCACAUGGAGAGUGUCAAACCUGACAGAAUGGGACAUAGAGCCAAUGUGCUUCAUAAACUAUAAGGGACAGUGUGUAGUACCUCUCCCAGUGACUAUUUACAAGACUCCAGACAGUGUGUCCAUCAGCACUGUGAAUCACAACGGACCAAUGAUGGAGGGAAACCAGUAUGAGCUCCAGUGUGACGUUCUCAAUGUGGCUCCUGUUCAGAAUCUCAUUAUCAACUGGUACAAAGGACAGACUCUGGUGAAUCAAACCAUCUUCACUGACACCAUCAAGACUCCAGUCAGUAAAACAUCUAAACUCCAGAUCCGUGCAGACAGAGCUGAUGAUGGAGCUCAGUACUGGUGUGAAGCAAAGCUGGAACUGGGAGAAGAAGGACCUCGAGUUCCUCCAACAGCCCCGUCAAAACAUCUCAAUGUUGAAGUUUUCUAUAAACCAAAACACUCCAGUUCAACAGAGACCAUCAAUAUAAAUGAUGAGCUAAACUGCACAGUGAAGGCAAACCCGGCUCCUACGUACUCAUGGCAGUCAGAUCAUCUGAAAGAGACGAUCACGUUCAAUGUGCUUCAGUCCUCCACGCUCAGUUCAGGAAACUACACGUGCAUCGCCUCAAACUCUCAGGGAAGUGACAGCAAAGUGUUCAUCCUCCAGUCUAAAGACAGAACCACAUUCUGGGCUAUUAUUUUAUCCGGCGUGGUUGUGGCAGUGGCGUUAAUCGUCUCUUAUGUGAUAUACAAAUGCAAUGCAUCCCCGAAUUCUGUCUUGCUUCUAUGGAAAAACAUAUCCAGUUGUGAUCUGCGGUGUUUAGUUUCUGUCGUAGCCUUUUGCUUGAGGAGGAGGAAAUCAUCUCGGGCGACGAUAGCUAUUAUCCACCAGCCUUUUAACCGCGCCUUCCUUGUCCGGUCGACGGUUUUCUUGAACACUUUUAAUAUGCUGCAAUAUUUCUUUGGACUUGUUUAUCUCUUUGCAGUUUUAUUGUUUGUGACUCUCACGGGUACACAUGCUGCUGAAUGUCCUCUUCAGCUCAACCCAGAGAGAGUUAUUGUGGAGUUCGGCCAUUCUGUUUCAGCCGACUGCAGCACUUCUGUCCCGCAUACAGGAUUGGGAUGGGAAGCCAGUGAGGGAGCAGUGCCCAUGAGCGGAGACAGUCUGAUCACAUGGAGAGUGUCAAACCUGACAGAAUGGGACAUAGAGCCAAUGUGCUUCAUAAACUAUAAGGAACAGUGUGUAGUACCUCUCCCAGUGACUAUUUACAAGACUCCAGACAGUGUGUCCAUCAGCACUGUGAAUUACAACGGACCAAUGAUGGAGGGAAACCAGUAUGAGCUCCAGUGUGACGUUCUCAAUGUGGCUCCUGUUCAGAAUCUCAUUAUCAACUGGUACAAAGGACAGACUCUGCUGGAUCAAACCAACUUCACUGACACCAUCAAGACUCCAGUCAGUAAAACAUCUAAACUCCUGAUCCGUCCAGACAGAGCUGAUGAUGGAGAUCAGUACUGGUGUGAAGCAAAGCUGGAACUGGGAGAAGAGAGACCUCAACCUCCUCCAACAGCCCCGUCAAAAACACUCAAUGUUGAAGUUUUCUAUAAACCAAAACACUCCAGUUCAACAGAAACCCUCAAUAUAAAGGGUGAGCUCACGCUAAACUGUACAGUGAAGGCAAACCCGGCUCCCACGUACUCAUGGCAGUCAGAUCAUCUGAAAGAGACGAUCACGUCCUCAGUGCUUCAGUCCUCCACGCUCAGUUCAGGAAACUACACGUGCAUCGCCUCAAACUCUCAGGGAAGUGACAGCAAAGUGUUCAUCCUCACAUCUACAGGCGGAACCCCAGUCUGGCUUAUUAUUUUAUUGGUCGUGGCUGCGAUAGUGGCAGUGGGGUCAAUCGUCUCUUAUGUGAUAUACAAACACAGGACUUCCUCGAAUGCUGUCAUUUGAUGGACUUUCAACUUAUGGAUUGGAUAAAGGCUCAAUAUGUAAGAUUUUUUUUCGCCACAAGAGGGCGCAGUUUCCAACAAAGGCGUAGGUUGAAGACCCAGUGAUGAGCUGAAUGAUAGGACUUGCUGUCAAGCUGAUGGAUCUAAUAAUGUUUAUGGAUGAGUGCACACAUUCACAUCUUUGCAGUGUUAUGAAGCAGGUUGUGAUUGCUAAAGAGACAGAUAUCACACGCGAGUCCCGCGGAUAUAAAGGAAUAAGGAAAUUUGAUUCUACCGAACUACAAUUGCUG